CCGUGGGGGCUGGCUGGGAGCAGCAGGCCUUGGAAGAGAGGCGAGGAGGUGAGAAUGGGAGACCACGUCUCCUCUUCCCGGGCCAGGAUUUCGGGUUGGCUCGGACGGCAAGCAGGGGGCGCCAGAGGACCGGCAAUGCGGCGGGCUGGGUUUGCAGAGCUCAGGACACCCUCCGCGCUCGGAGACCCAGCCCCACCCUGGCUCCGCAUCCCAGACCCCAAGAGACCCAGGUUGCGCUGCUUCCGUGGGCAUGGGUGGGGGUGGGGAGCAGAGAAAAGAGCGGAGCCCGGGAGCCGGAGCAGCGGCUGGCACGAGGUCACGGCCCUUACCUCCGGGCGGCCGCCUCACUCACACACAGGUCUUGAAUUUAGACCCUGGACCUCACAUGCGCUGAUGCACGAGGCUCUGACGGAAUCGAGGAAGGCAGCCAUCCUUAAGUCGACACGUAAAGCAUCCGACACGGAUCUCACCACGCUUUGGCAUUUCUUUAUGUUUUAACCAUUCUGCCAGCCUCAAAAAUGGCAUUAGCCCUGAGUCCCUUACCCUCCAAGGAGCCUCGUCGUGGGCCUCCCCCGUCUCCCGGGGGGUUGGGGUGGGCAGCCUCUUUAAUCCCCAGGCUUCUUGCCUGUCCGUCCUCCCCUCCUCCCCCAAACCCCCUCCAAGACAUACACGGCUGCGCAUCCUUUGCCCACCACCUGGCCCUCCGCUCUGCAGCCUCCUCCCCUCCUCCCACACCCGCCUUGCUUCUCGGUGCAGCCCCACCCCUGCCUCCGCGAAGCACCUCCCUUCAGUCCUUUUCUUCUCCACCAUCUGUUCGAGCCCCAGCCCCCUGCCUCCCCCUCGCACACCCCUGAGGCCAGGAGGAGGCUGUAGGGACAUGCCUCCCCCUACCCAGCCCUGGACACCCCCUGCCUCCUGGCUCUGGGAAGCAGCAUCUAACAGACCUAACUUCUUCCUAGAGCUUCUCAGGGGUGAAUGCAGGAGCAGAGAGCCAGAGCCCAGCAUGAGUGGGGGCAGAGGUCAGAGGGCAAAGCCUGGGUUCCAUCUGUGGUCCACGGAACCAGAACCUGUUGCUAGGUAACCGGUAACCGGAUCUCCCAGCACCUUCCCCACACAUCCUGAGCUGCUGAUUGCCGGCCUCCGGUCACCUUCCCCGAGUCUCGAAGACACCCACCCUCUGUGGGACCCUGAAAAGCAGGAGGAGGGGAGAAGCAAGAGCCCAGCUGCCAGCCCUGAGCCACCUGUGGCUCUACCACCUGUGUUUCACUGUGAAGAUUUGCCGGCUGGGCCUUUAAGUCACCGGCGCCAUGAGCCUGGGCAUCAUGGAAGAGGAGGAUCUGGCGGAGUACUUCCGGCUGCAGUAUGGGGAGCGGCUGCUGCAGCUGCUGCAGAAGUUCCCCAGCAUUGAGGACGAGUCAGACUCCCCAUCCGUCCGGCUGCUGGAGAAGAAGAAGGAGGCCAAGAUCAUGCACCAUGCCAUGGAGCAGAAGAAGGAGACAUUUCAGCGCAGAAUGGAAACCCUGAACCUGCGCUGGGAGGAACUGGGCGUCAAGGAGGCCCAACUGAAAGCCCACAUACAGAAGUUUGAGCAGUUCAUCCAGGAGAACGACCAGAAACGGAUCCGGGCCCUGAAGAAGGCCAACAAGGAGCGCGAGCUCAAGAGGCAGCGCAUGCGCGAGCUGGCCAAGGCCAAGCAGGAGAUGGCAGCCCUGCGGCUGGAGCACCAGCGGCUGAGCGCCAGGCUGCAGGAAUAUUCCAUCUUCAACAAGUUCCUGGAGAAGGUGGUGGAGAACUCGGAGUUCGAGGAGAUCCACGAGGUGAUCGCGCGCUACAAGACGCUGGUGAGCAUGCACCACGACCUCAUGCAGGCGGCGCAGGAGGGCCAGGAGAAGAUCGAGCGCGCCAAGGCGAGGCUGGCGCGCUACAAGGAGGAGAAGGACGACGAGAUCCUGCAGCACAACAACGAGCUGGCGCGCCUGCAGAUGCGCUUCGACCGCGCACGCAGCGACGUCAUCAUCUGGGAAUCGCGCUGGGCACACAUCCAGAACACCGCCGCCAAGAAAACCCUCUUGCUCGGCACCAUUAAGAUGGCCACGCUGAACCUGUUCCAGAUCGUGAGCAAGCAGCUGAAGGAGGCGACCUUCGUGUCCCUGGAGGACACCCACAAACAGCUGGACAUGAUCCAGCAGUUCAUCCAGGACCUGUCAGACAUCUGGGCGGAGGUGAAGAAGAAGGAGCAACAGCAAGUCCGGGUUUAAGGAGCAGCCGUGGUCCUAGGAGGUUCAGAAACCGAGACGGAGAGAAAGUCCCUGCUGGCCUUGCCGUCCAGUCGGCCCCGUCCAGCCCUCUGGACCCCUGUGCCUUUCUGCUGGGAAAUCCCUGUUUUCCUCCUCAGCCCUCAGCCCAUACAUCCCUGAAAACAUUAAAUUCCGUAAGAAGCUUGUUCCUAAA